CAUGGAAUUAUAAUUACUUCGAUCAUAAAUGUGUGUGUUUACAGAUUCGAGUCCAGUGCAGAAGAGAUCACAGUCAUCAUCAUACGAAAUAGUCUAGAUCAGACUGAAGUAAAGUGUCUGUUCACAGGUAGCUGGCCUACAGUACAUGUACAAAUAAUUGCAAUGGAACAGGAGGAGGACCUUGAGCGUGCUAGGGUGACAAGUAUAUCUGUCUUACCUCAGCAUCAGAGAACAUCACUGACUAACUCCCACGGGUCAGCAGGGGUCAUCCAUCGCCUGGAAAGCAGUACUGCCUCAGUGAAGCUAACUGGUAGUAUCCUAACGGGAUUGUCAGACUCCGAGGAGGAGUUCACAUCCUCUGGAGGUGAAUACGACGAGCACCAACACAGAGAGGAAUUUAAGUCUGAACUUCACCAUAAAGAACACAGUGGCUUGCCGGAUGAGAGGAGCUGUAUUAGUUCUAAUGUAUUAUGUGAUGAUGAGAAUGCAUGCCACGGGGAAAACUCACGUAAUGAUACAGAGAAUUCUCGCUCCUCCAGUCUGUCAGAGGAGGAACUGAAAAAAGACUAUGAGAAAAAACGAUUUAAUCCAUUUGACAAUGACAUUCACAUAGAGGAGGAUUACUUCAACACAUCUGCAAUCACCUCCUCAAACAGAAACCAGAGGAAACAGUCAGAAACCAGUUCAUCAUUGAUGAACCUGUCUGAUGACGAUGCUGCCGACGUAACAUAUGCAGAUUUAGGUUUAGCAGAGGACCACUUCUCACACCCCGAGGGACAUUUUGGCCUGAGCAGUACGGAGGAGAUGGAGAUGGCUAUAGAGAACUGCAAGGAUAUGAUACUACAGGUACCUCAGGAUUCAGACAAACAGAAAAACCUUGUACAAAAACUGGUACAACUCAGACUGAAGCUGCAAGAAAUCAAGGAGGGACCAAUACCUAUUGAAGAUGAUGUUAAACUGGCAGUCGGCCAUAAAUUUAAAUGUCAGAUCAGCAGCAGCAGCAAACACUACUGUGAGAAGUGUAACACCAUGAUUCUGGGAGUGAUACAGACCUGGUUUAAGUGUACAGAAUGCGGCUAUUGUGCUCAUGAAAAGUGCUUAAACAUGAUCACACGGACAUGUGCAAGUCUCAAAGUAAUGGAAAAUCCUACGUAUACCAAUGAUAUAUGUCCUACACGGGGCCUGUCCUUCCAGAACUACAGGUGUGCAGAAUGCAGGGCCCCAAUAUCAUUUAAGCCUGGAUUCAGUGAACCACGACUGUGUGAUUACUCGGGUAACUAUUACUGUGAACUCUGUCACUGGAAUGAUACCAUGGUGAUUCCUGCUCGGGUCCUCCACAACUGGGAUUUUGAACCUAGAAAGGUGUGUAGAGCAUCAAAGCAGUACCUGAAAUUGAUGAUGACGAAGGCUGCCAUGCAAAUACAAGAUGUCAAUCCCAUGUUGUUCAGCUUUGUUGACGAAAUUAAUGAAAUCAAGAAACUGAGAGAGGAGAUCCUGAUAAUGAAGAAAUACCUGUUGGUGUGUGGGGAUGCUAUGAAGCAGAAGUUUCUCUUGCUGCUUCGAGAUCGCCAGCAUUUUGUGGAGAACUGGGACACAUACUCCAUGAAAGACCUCCUGGAAAUUCAGUCUGAUGUCCUCCUUGGAAAACUUGUGUCUAUUCAUGCUGCCUGGGCACAACACAUCAAAACUGACUGUCAGGUAUGGCUUCCUUUUACUGGGACUAUUUAUUAUUUCUACUACAUUUGGAGCUGUUUAUUAUUUUCGAAAGUUAAGAUGUUCCUGGAAGGUGUUGUCGUGUAAGUCUUGCGGGAGCCUGGAAAUGUUUAACAAUGAGUAUUUUCCCACGGAAUUAGAGUAUAUAGAGCAACGGAGGGUGUUAUCGACAGGGGGGUAUUAUCGCCCCCCCGUUCUAUUCAUCUCGUUUUAGAUCGAUUACAAACCAUUUUUCAGACAAUCAGUGGUUUUGAUAAGUACACUUACCUUUUUUGGAAUCCCUCUGAACCGUUCCAUUCAGAUAACACCGGCU